AUGGCCGAUGAGAAAAGACUGUCUGCGAGGCGUAAGCAUACUCUGAAGAGUUGUAUGCUGGUGGUUGCCAAUACUCUGCUGGAAGCUGAGGCAAACGUGAAGACCGGAGAGAGGGAGAAGUUCCUGGAAGAUAAAUGUCCUCCGCUGGAGCUGCCGUACUCCAAGGACGAGCUUCUGGAACUUUGCAAGAAGCUUCACGAGCAGAUUGACGUCAGUGAAGAGGAGAGAUACAGCAUAGAGUUCAAACUAAACCUGGUCCUCAAUGAGGUCAGAGACCUCAACAUAAAGAUUGUGGACCUGAGAGGAAAGUUCAAGAGACCCAGACUGAAGAAAGUGCGUAUGUCUGCUGAUGCUAUGCUGAAGGCUCUGCUGGGCUCCAAGCACACGGUCAACAUGGACCUGAGAGCCAACCUGAAGCAGGUCAAGAAGGAAGUGAAAGAAGAGGACAAGCAGCUGCGCGAUGUGGGCGACUGGCGUAAGAACAUUGAAGACAAGUCUGAUAGGAAGAAGAUGUUUGAUAGUUAA